AUGAGUUAAAAGAUAGGCUUUCUCUUGUGGAUCGGUAUGUUUUGUCAAGAUUAGCGGAUACCGUGAGUAGAGUGCAGGAUGCGUUUACGACUCUUCGAUUACAUGAGGCGACCACCGCAAUAAGAAAUUUUAUUUGGGAAGACGUGUGUGAUGUAUAUCUUGAGUUUGCGAAGCCAGUAUUAUAUGGUCAUCAUACGCAGGUUGAAAAGGAGGCCCAAUAUGCGACUCUACGAGUAUUGGACAUAUGCCUGGAUGUCUCGCUUCGGCUGUUGCAUCCAUUUAUGCCAUUCAUUACAGAGGAAUUAUGGCAGAAUUUGGCGAAGCUGACGGCGAAUGAAUUGGUACCCAAGUCGUUAAUGAUUGCAAGUUACCCUGAAACCGAAAAUUUUGCCAACUGGAAGAACGUCAAGAUUGAGAAUGAUAUGAAAAGUAUCUUGAGCGUCAUACAUGCAUGCCGCUCGUUGCGACAAAAUAAUCAUAUUCCUAUCAGUCAGCAUUUACCCUUUAUAUUGAGCACAGACGAUGCAAAUGUCCUAAGCGAAGAUGGCCCAAUAAAGAAAUACUUUAACGAUAUACGCGUCUUUGCAAAAGCUUCUCAACUCAAGUUAAUUGAUUCAAAGGAUGAAAUGAACGCAACAGAAUUAGAUCAAACUGUGGUCGUCACCUUAACGAAUCCGAACGUUAAAGUUCACGUCCCACUGUCCCAACUUGUAAAAGCACAGUCUAAUGGAAGGAAUGCGACUGACGAACAAGUGGACAAACUGGAUAGAAUGUUGAAAAAAAUUGAAGGAAAUCUGGAUAAUCUAAAGCAUAAGAUGUCCAAGGCCGAGUAUGAAGACAGGGUUCCGGACAAGAUCAAAGAGCGGGAUAGAAAACUGCUGGGCGAAUUAGCGGGAAAGCAACGCGAACUGAUUAGUAACAUUGAACUCAUAAAAAAGUCGUUAUGCGAUACGACAUAA